CAUACAUAUCUCUCUCUCUCUCUCUCUCUCUCUCUACAUAUACACACCACCAACUACAUUUCUCUUCCUCAUCUCGACCAUGGCUAGACUCGGCUUCACCCUUACCCUUCUCUUCCUCUUCUUCGCCUUCACCUAUGCUCGCACUCCCUUCAUCCCGGAAAAUGACGUCACAGAUCGCGAUCUCUCCGAUUCUCUGCCGGAAUCUAACGCCAAGUCAACUCUCUUCCUCCCCAGCGACAAGCUAGAGCCCGAAGAACAACCAUCCCCGGUGGUGGAAUUGGAUUCCGAAACCGCCGAAACAAAACCGAUCGAUACUGAAAAUGAAGACAAGGCCGUCGGAACCACCGAGGGGCCGGAAUCUGAUAGGGAAACCGUUGCCGUACCGCUCGAUCGCCCGAUGACAAUCGUCAGAUUCCGGCCGAUCAACCGUCACUUUCCGGCGAAGCGUUCGUAUCCCUUCCAUAUUCCUCUCCGCGGUUGCCGACACGGAAUUAAGCACAUGAUGAAGCGGCGCGAGGUGGGGUACGGCGGCGACAUGAUAAUGGCCGGCGGCGGCGGAGAGAGACAAGGGAAGGAGUUUGAUCCGGAGAUGUUGCGCGGCGGCGUGCGUCAGAUUCCGGAGAGGUGGGUGAGGUUCCACCACCACCAUCAUCACCACGAUGGGAUGGAGAGGUUCCCGUUCGGGAAGCACCACCGUGAUGUGUUUGGGAAGAAGAGCUUCAGGAAGCCGUUCCACAGCGAGGAAGAUGAGGACGAGGAGGAGAGAGAGGAGAAGCAGAAGAAGAGCUUCAAGAGGCCGUUCCGCCGCGAGGAAGAUGAGGACGAGGAGGAGAGAGAGGAGAAGCAGAAGAAGAGCUUCAAGAGGCCGUUCCGCCGCGAGGAAGAUGAUGACGAGGACGAGAGAGAGGAGAAGCAGAAAAAGAGCUUCAGGAGGCCGUUCCGCCGCGAGGAAGAUGAUGACGAGGAGGAGAGAGAGGAGAAGCAGAAGAAGGGACAACGUGAGGAGAGGGAGGAAGGAAGUGGUGGUGGUGGUUUCAUGAAGCACAUCCGCAAGUUCCUGGACCAGUUUUAAAUUUUCAGAUUUUGGGUAUAAACUUAUGAACAGCAGUGAUGAUGCAUAGUAUGCAUACACACUUACCUAUGUAUGUUUUGUUUGGGUAGUUAUCAUUAGAACUUAUUUGUAUUAUGGGUCUGUGUUGUUUGUUCUGUAAAUAAGAAUUUUGCAUCCAUGUGAGAUGUAGAAGCAUAUACACAUCUAUAUUAUUAUUAAUAUACACUAUUAUUAUGUGAUGAAAAAUUGUUUCCUA